AGUUGUCAAAUUGUCACGUUUUGGGGUUAUGUUAUACACAUAGGUUAUAAAUAAUUUUACAAAAAUCUAUUAAUUUACAGUUUAUUAAAAAUUAACAACUAACUGCUUCUAACAAAUAUAUUUAUUUACAAAAAUGUUGUCGGUAUACAGACUUGUAAAUCGAAGCUGUAACAAAAUUAGUUUAGCUAACAAUUUUCAAAAGAAUGUAAUUAUUUCCGCUAGAGCAGUUACUAUGAAAAUAGUUCCUGAACCUCCUUCAUCAGAUCAAGAUUUCUUUGAGAAAAACGAACAGUUAAAACGUCCUCAAUCUCCUCACUUAACUAUAUACAAACCCCAAAUUACCAGUAUGUUAUCAAUUACACAUAGGAUUACUGGUAUGGUACUCGCUGGAUAUGUUACUGCUUUUGGAAUUGGAGUAUUGAUAUUGCCCCAUGAUUGGCCCCAUUACAUUUCAGCAUUAGAAACAGUGAGUCCAGCAACAUUAUUUUUGGGAAAACUGCUUGUUGCCUUUCCAUUUUCAUAUCACUUUUGGAAUGGAAUACGUCACUUGGUUUGGGAUAUCGGUCAAUUAUUUAAAUUAAAAGAAGUUUAUACAACAGGAUAUAUAGUUCUUGGCACUACAGCUGUUACAACAGUUAUUUUAAGCCUAUUGUAAGCCGCGAAUAGUAUGGCUAAAUUCUUGUCUAUAUUUAUUAAUCCUGUAUACAGAUUAUAAUUAUUCAAAUAAAAGCACAUAUUAAGUUGA